AUGGUCAUAAAGCUUUUGGAUCAUGUGAUAAAGAUGAAGAAGAAAAACUACUUUAGGAAACACUCAAAACCUGAGGCCACUCUCAGCAUAUUAAGAGAAGCUGAAGAAAUCAGCUUUUCAGUAUUUGAGUCCCUGUUGCAUUUACUUUCCGUGCCAAGGGAAAGAUCGAAGCCUGUCGGUUGGUCUUUAGUCUCAAAUAUGUUGUCACCUAAACGUGUAUCGUGUGAUGAGAAAGCGGAGUACGACAAAAUCCAAGGUUUGGAUGAUGAAUUGACCAUUCUGAAAUCUGCUAAUGAUGCUAAUCCUCAAGUUUACAAUGUAUCCAAGAGACUGGAGGCAUUGGAAUCGAGCAUUUGGGAAAUUGAGGAGGACGUGGAAGGCAUUUUCAGGAGACUUGUCAAAACAAGAGCAGCUCUUCUCAAUAUUAUGAACUGCUAG